ACUAUGAAAUGCAUGAACCGAGUUGGUAUUUUUAUGGUAGCCACUGCGCGGGUCGGAGGAGAAUCCUUUAAAUUCGAGUGUUCGCUGACGAUAGAGCUCAUUGAAGCGCACCCAUGUUGCUCUCGACCUUCUUUAUACUCCCUUCACUCAUUUAUACCGCCCUUGCUCAGCAGAGCAACGAGAAUCCUACCGUUGGCGGUAACCAAGAUGACGGCUGGCAGAAAUUUCCUGACGUCGUCGAUGCCACCGGGUAUCCUAAAUGGGUUGUCGAUGAAGACCUCGGUGCUUACAUGCCUGUAUACCAAUCUUCGGGUCUGAAUGCGACAGAAGUUACGAGGGCAGUCAUCGUCCUACACGGCAAGCCCCGGGAUUGUUGGUAUUAUUGGAAUGCAAUGAACAACGCCCUUUACAAUGCCACUUAUGAUGACCCUACCAUUGUGCGCGAGCAUAUAUCAAUCAUGGGCCCGUGCUUCUUCGACGAAGAUGACGUAAACGCGGGUGCGGCUGAAGAGGGUCAGCUGCUUUGGGGAAGGACGACGUGGAUCAGUGGGCAUUCGAAUGUCGGGCCCGACUCUAUAUCCGGCUACAGCAGCUUCGAUGUACUCGACUCCCUCGUUGCGUAUUAUAUGGACAAGAGUGUCUAUCCUAAUCUAGAGGUUGUCGUCGUUGGAGGACACUCAGCUGGUGCCCAGAUGGCUCAGCGCUACGCCGCCCUGAGAAGCACAACAGACGACGAUGAUCGGUUACAUUUCUGGAUCGCGAAUCCGGGAUCUCUCCUCUGGCUAACGUCAGACCGUCCGGUCUCGGUCGAAGAUUGCGAUGGUGUAGACGACUACAAGUACGGCUUGGAGUCCAACUUCCCUGCAUACGCAACUGCGGAUGCCCGCAAACUGGGAAGGUCUGGAAUCGUUGAGAGGUACAAUGGCCGCAACAUGAAUUACGCCUGGGGACUGACGGAUUACGCCAACGGAGACCACAGAUGUCAGGCAUCCGCUCAAGGAAAGAACCAUAUCAGGAGAGGAAAGAACUUUGUCAAGAUGUUGAAAGCUAUGGGCGGUCUCCCUAAUCUUACCACCGUCGACUACGCGGAAAACAUUGGUCACUCUAACGAGGGAAUGAUGACAAGUGAGGGCGGGAUUGAUAAGUUAUUCCGAUAUGUGUCGAACAGCACAACCACCUAACGCGACAACGUAAGGUUCCAUUUGGACGGCUAUUUUGAAUUAUUCAGGUUUUUAUGGACUCGUAUAUAUCAUUUGUCUAUUCAUUGCUCUCGUCGGUCUAUUAUAAGCUAGACAUCUUUUCAUAUUCUUGAAUGAUGACAAUUUUAAAUCAGAUUCAGG